UAAAGUUAUACUGUACACGUUGCCACCGAAGACAUGAAACAACAUGACCACACCGCACGAUUGAGGAGUUUCGUCCGCGAAACUGUUGUCCAAAAUAAGCCUACGACUCAGUCCAUCACUCGAGAUGCAGCAGCUCGCGGUGUCGGCUAAGCCCGUCGUCGUCCACGUCGGCCUGCACUGGACCUCGUUGGUCGUGAGUUGUCUAUUCACGUUGAAUCUCGUCGCCAUGCCUUUCUAUUUCUACCUCCACAUGCCCAUCUUCCCAGUCGAAGAAGAAGCAGUGCCAGGGGUCAACAGCACCCGUGCGUACGUUACUUCGAUGCAAGCACGAUACACCCCCCGCCUCGCCAAUCAAGUCUACGUCUCCGACGUCCACAGCGGCAUCAUUGCCCUUCGGACGGAUCUGUCAAGUGAAUUACUCGGUCUCUGCGACGACCACAAGGCUCUUCUGGGGUCUCGUAUCCAAGGCUCCGUCUUUUUUUCACCCUCGAUUCAGGCCAUGACCAUCGAGUUUGUGUGCGGAAAGAACCACACCAACGUGGAUGCGCUGUGGGGCCACUACUACUUUGGCGUGCACGUGGCCAAUUCAGUGCUGUGGUCCUCUCAACACGGCGACGUUUCUACUUUAUGCUACCUCUUCGACCCGUUCGUACAUUACUGGACGUGCAGCAUCCUCGAGUUUCUAAGUCGCGUGUUCCUGAGCGGGUAUAUUGCGCACCAAUGCUGGCGGUACUUUUACGACCCCGUAGCUCAGCUCUUUGGCGACUUACGCUCGAAUCCCCAAGGCAAAACCUGUCGCAAUGUGCAGCUCGUGAUCGGGGAGCCUACGAGUUUGGUCGUGUCCAAUGCAUGGAUUGUGCUGGCGUUCACGAUGGACAUCCUCCUGCAUCCUGGCACAUUGGGCUCGGCCACGCUGCGACUCAUUCAGCCGUUCGACGUUUGGGGGGGCGUCCUCGGUUCGUUGUAUUUUGGCCGCCUCGUUUGGGUGUCGUAUGCUGCAUUGUGGCUAUGGAACUACCUUUACAAGCACUCUGCCAGGCUUUCGCCCGUGAGCUGUACCGUGUGCGCGUGGACUACCACGGUUCUUGGCGUGGUACUGACCAAAAUCGAUUUCAUCUGGACACUGGCGCUGCAGCUGUUUAUGGCCAUGUUCAACGUGCACCAAGCCGUGGAGGCCAUCGACGUCACUUUUGGGACCAUCGUGUCAUGUGUCUUGUAUGGGCUCGUGCCAUUUGGCUUGGCGUGUGUCGAGGGAACGUACUGGCGGCUCUGCUGGGCGAAAAUCAACCCCACCCCGUUCAACGGUCGAGCGCACCGGCUGGCCCACGGCGACGUUAAACUGCGAUUCCUCACUUGGUUGUAUCGAGUUCACAACAAACAAGACGACGCCACCAAAUCGGAUCGGGGGUCGAUUUAUAAGCUGUUUGCUAUGGACGAACGCAGCCAACGCAAUGCAACCGUGAGCCAAAACAGCACCGAUUGCUACGUGCGCAGCUUGAGUGCGACGAUGCACCAGUUGGACGUGGCCAGAGUGAGCUUAGCGUCGCGCAUCAAGUGGCACAAGGACAUGUCGUUGACGUUUCAAUCGAACCUGAGUACGACGUCGGUGCUGGGGGAGUUGCACGUGUCGGAAGCCAGUGACAGCAGCACCUCCGGGCCUAGUGUGACCCUUGUAGGGGCUAAGAAUGCGUUGUGGGUGCAAUAAACCGUUGAUAGUCGUCUUUCAGUGUUGUCGAUUUAUGUUAAAAUAAAUACUGUUCUUUCUUGAUCUCAAUCUCGAUCCCAACUUGCGUCCUCAGCUGACGGCAGUAUGAUCUGUUGUG